AUGAGCAACUUCCAAAAGAAAGAUGUAAGCGGAAUGCCUUCAUCAUCGAGACCACGAGGAAUGGCUGGCGCCGGAUCGGGCGGAUCUGGUCGUCCAGCUGUCACGACCCCAAUGUCCGAACGUCAACAAAUGGCUUUGCUGAUGCAGAUGACCUCAAAUGCUGGUCCAAACGAUACGGAAAUGAGUCCCGGGGGAGGAAAUAAUGCGGGCUCGGCACAUUCUCGUUCAACCCGAGACCGAAUCAACGAGCGCGGCGAAACGGCGCUGCAUAUAUCGUCCAAGAAGGGUGAUCAAGAUGCGGUGAAAAAGCUGCUGGAACAAGGAGCGAACCCCAACGUAACGGACUUUGCAGGCUGGACGCCAUUGCACGAAGCCUGUAACCACGGCCACUAUAAUGUGGCGCUGGCAUUGGUAAAGGCUGGGGCCAACAUCAAUGCUACUGGCUUGGAGAACGAUACGCCGCUACACGAUGCGGCUAUUACGGGGCAGUUGAAGUUGGUGAAAAUGCUGGUCGAACGGGGAGCGGAUCCAUCCUUUAAGAAUCAAAAAGGAAAAACGCCUUGCGACGUUGCUGCAGCGGCGGUCUAUAACUACUUACUGCAAGCCAGAGAUAAUGCUAGCAACCGUCACGGACAGCAUCUGAAAAAAUCAUCUCCCGAUACGGGCGCCGUUUCCGGUGUUGGCCCUGGCAAGAAGUCACUGGCGGGAAGCGCAAGCGGUGGCGGUGGUGCAGCUACCUCGGGUGGUACGGGCCAGAGUGGCACCUCGGGUAACAAUCAGGACAGUGACGCCGACGACGUUCCCACCAACACGGCCAGCAGUGGUGGCGUGAUGGGUGGUUCCGGAACGGUUACGACCGGCACUAAGGAUAAAGAUGAGGAUGACAUUUACGAGUUCAAGUCCACACCGCGGGACUCGAGUUCGUCGUCGAGCGAUGAGAAGGAAACGAGCAAUAAUGGUGCACCGAGCGGCGGCAGCAACAACAAUGCCGGCGGAGGAACGGCCAGCACUGGCCUGGGUACUGGUAGUAGCAGCACCAGCAGCAGCAGUAAAAAGGGACUCGAAAAAUCGAUAGAGGACAAAUCGACAGGCGAUGAUUCGCAGCAGCCGCCACCCCAAGCGCAGCAACCGGAUCACCCAUCAUCGCAGCAGCAGGCACCAGCGCCGCAACAAGGUGCAGGCCAACAGCAGCCACACGAUGAGCCUCAGUCACAGCAUUCGCAGCUGCAGCCGUCACAGCACGAUCAUGACGAAAAGCCAGUGAUCCAGCCACACCCGGAGCAGAAUGGUACAGCGGGGACACUGACUUCCGGUGGUACCGGAACUGGCGCUUCCGAUGGCACCGAUAGCUCAGCCGUUCCGGCUAUCGGUUCAACUAGCAGCAGUGGUGCGACGACGGCUACCGGUGCUUCCACCACCAGUGCUGGCACCGGUUCCUCAUCCUCCGGUGUCCCCAAGCGCCCAUACUCCGAACUGACCGAAAGCAGUGAAGAGCCGGCGAACGAGGAUGAAACGAAGCGCAAAAAGCGCAAAGAUGGAGAUCCCCUCGGUAAGGAUACGCCAUCGGGAAAAUCGGGCAGCGGUGCCGGAAGCCGCGGAACGACACCACGGCAAGAUAAGGGUACCAAAUCGGCAGGUGUUCCGUCGAAAAAUCUGGGUCUCUCGGCCAAGAACAGCGGGCUCGAUCGGAAGAGUCCGUGCGCCAGUCCGAAGCCUUCCACCACGGGCAGUGCGUCUGCCGGUGGUGGCACUGGCGGAUCAUCGGUCGCUGGUACGGUCGGAGGCAAUGCAGCGUCCUCUUCGGGCGGCUCGGCCGGUUCCUCCUCCGGCAGUGGCAAGGGUUCGUCCGGCACGAGUAGCAGUAACGACAGUGACGGCGAAGCCGCCAAUUCCUCCGCGGCCGGAAACUUGGAGGAAUUGAGCACGGGCAAGGCGGUCGAUUCUGGGUUCGGUGGUGGUGGUGGUGGCGCUGCCGGCGGCGGCGGUGGCCCAAAGGUGCCACCGUUGAAGAUCGUUAUACCGCAGCAGAGCACCGGUGGUGAUGCCGACGCGGGUGGCAGCACACGCAAUGGGAAGAGCGCAUCGGCCAGGAAUCAUGCCGCGUUACCGUACGUGGUGGCAUCGUCGAACAGCAAUGACUCGACCGGUGAUAAGGAGAGCACUUCCUCACGCAGCGCCAGCCCGUCGGACUCGAAGAGUUCGGACGAGAAGAAUCCUAACCAAUCGAAGGACGAACGGACACAACAGCGAGUCCUGCGGAGCUCGCAUCGUGGUGGCAAUGGGGGUGGUGGCGGUAGCGGCGGUACCAGUUCAUCGAAGGAUGGCCAUACCGGGGCGGAUCGGUCCAACAAUUCGUCCCCACAGAUGCAGCAGAGCAGCGGGUCGCCUUCUCCGCUUUCCAAUAGCGGUUGUGAAUCGGCCGCCAGCGGUGUUGGUACAGGCGCCGGAGGGAAUGGCCCAACAACAGGAUCGUCAGCUGGCGGAAGUUCCACAGUCGCAGGAGGCACUGGAAAUGCCACUAGUCCAAGUAACGGCAGUGGAGGCAAUGCCACCGUCGGCACUACGGGAGGUAGUGAGUCGGAAUGUAGCGGUGCUAGUGGGGCUGGAACGGCGACCGGUUCGAAUCCGAAAAGUCCUUCCGGUGUAAACACUUCGACCGGAACGACAUCAGGACGGGUGGAGAAUAGCUCAACGAAUAACGCCAUCACCGGUGGUGCAGGUGAAUCCGAUGCCAGUGGAGCGACCGGUGGAAGCGGCGGAAGUGCAGGAAACGGCAGCAGUAUUGGUGGCACCUCUUCACCGGUUAACGCCGGAAGCGGGCCAAACGGAAGCGUAGCUUCCGGUUCCAUGUCCAGCACAUCGGCAGCGAAUGGGCAACCGCCAUCCAGUGGCGGCACGAACGGUGGUGGAACAUCAGGAUCUUCUCAGCCGCAAAGUGGCUCGACGGUACCUUCGGUGGCCACCAACUCGUCGUCCUCGUCUUCUUCUUCCUCCUCAUCGACCUCCGAAACAUCGGUUCACCCACGUAAGCGUAAGAUUAAAACGAGCAAAGAUCAAGCGUCAUCGUCCACGGUGACCGUAGCGGGUGGCUCGACGACCACCGGAACGACAGCACCCAUUGCCACGCCCGGGUCGUCCGCUUCGGCCGCUACGACGGCCGCUUCCGCAUCCGUCGCACCCGGAGCCACCGGAAUCGCGCCGGACGAGAAGAAAGAUAUUCGCGAUGAAACAACCGACGUCCAUCCGCACGAUCAACCCAUCACCAACUGCUACCAGAUGUACCUUAACAUACGCAAGCAGAUCGAACGCCGUCAGAAGGGCCUCUUCCCGGUGCAACCGAAACCACCGCAAGGCUUCAAGGACUAUCUGAUGAAUCGCUGCACGUACGCGCUGGCCGGCAAAACUCCAUCGGAACCGAACAUCCAGGUUCCGGCGACGUUGCCCGUUUCGCUGAAGGAUCUUUUCCACGCGCAGGAAAAAGAACGUCACAAGCUCAAGAUGCAGCACAUCGUGGAGAAGGAAAAGCUGGUGCUUGCGGUCGAGCAGGAGAUUUUGCGUGUCCACGGCCGGGCAGCGCGAGCCCUGGCCAAUCAAUCGUUACCCUUCUCGGUGUGCACCAUCCUCAAGGACGAGGAAGUGUACAACAUCAUUACGCCCGAGCAGGAAGAGAAGGAUCGUAACGCUCGCAGCCGGUACAACGGGCGCCUCUUUUUGAGCUGGUUACAGGACGUGGACGACAAGUGGGAGAAGAUUAAGGAAUCGAUGCUGCUGCGGCACCACAACGAGGCGGAGAGCUUACACGCGGUACAAAAGAUGGACUGGGAGUGGAAGAUGAAGGAACACUCGCUCUGCGAGUUCAAGGCGAAGCCGAUCAUCGACGACGACGACGUGCCGAUGGUGAACGUGAAUGACGAUUUCGAUCUGCUGCCGGCGUAAAUGUCCCGGCCGCUGUGAGCUCCCUUUGCGUACUCUUCGUGCCUACGCCUUUUGCUUAUGUGUCCCCCAAAGGGGACAGCAAUCCCGUACAGGGACACACCUUCGUAUUAGACUGGAAAUGGAACAGGAACAAGAUUGUGACGAUCUUUUCUAAGCUUGUAAUGCUACUAAAGUAGAGUAAGAGUUACAAAUUGGUGAAUGUUCAUUUUGAAAGAAACU